CACAAACAAGGAUAUCACGCUCGCCACAUUCGAUCCGUCCUUCGCAGCCGAUCACCUGGAAGCCAUACACAGAGAACGAAUAGCCACGUCGACCUUCAGAUAACUUGCAAUGGCCGACAUCCUCACGCAGAUGCAAGAUGAGCUUCUCAACAUCAUGCAAAAACAGCUCUUCCAAAUCCGCACCCGUGCACCACCUAGCGUCCCCGAAGGCCAGCAAAAGCUCAGCUCUUUCGCCGAGAAGGAAGCAGCAGACAAGUCCGAGAACGCAACCCAGAACUCCACACAACCAACACAGACAAGCGUUGCACCUCCGCCCCUGCCGACUCAGGAGGAGUUCAACGAGGAUUUGAAGGACAUGGCCAAGGACUUGGUAAUCAAGAGUCAGCAGAUUGAGUUGCUAACUGCGAAUCUGCCAGGUGUGAAUUCGAGUGAGGCUGAGCAGGUGCAGCGAAUGAAAGAGUUGGAGAAGGAGCUGGAAAAUCUCGAGGGCGAGAGGUUGCAGGCGGUCAAGGAGAAGGAGGUGCUGCUCAAGAGAGUUGAGGACAAGAUCAUGGGUGUUGGGAGGAUGCGGCGAGCUCUGAGCCUUCAAAGCGCGUACGACUGAUACUAUGGCGACCUUGGAUGGCUAAACCAACGAGCCCUCGAGCCCAGGUCAUCUCAGCAUCCCGAUUUGCAGCCGGCAGGUGACCCUUGAGCCCCCAUCUCUCGGAGGACCUUUUGCAAUCUGUAUGGGACACAGCUGCAUCGGCAAUAGAUCAGACAGCCUCGAUAGUAUUGGACGUACCACAGUCCGGAACUUCGGAUUUUGGAUUAGUCUCGCAGUCUUGUCGACAGGACCCACCCUCUGUCUCUCACGCAAGACUUCACA